GACCACACACACUUUUGUCUCUUGUGAAACUGCAAUACAGAGGCAGUUCCUAAUGUAAACUCAUCUCGAAAUCGCAGUACAACCUGUGGUCAAAUAUGAGGAGCACAGCUCUCAUUUUAAUUUCUGCUUUAAUAGUCCCAGCUUUGCUGGCUCUCAAAGGCAAGAACUAUACCAAGGAAAAUGUUUGCCAAGAGCUUAAAGCCUUUGGAAUCGAAACGUUCAAAGAAAUGGUCACUGUCCUCUACAGCCAAAAGUUCCCGAAUGGGACAUUCCAGGAGGUCAACUGUGUGGCAGAUGAAAUGACAAAGCUUGCAGAAAAAUGCUGCAAAGACGACGCAAGUCCUGACUGCUAUGAUAAAGGAGCUACAGAGAUCUCUGAGAAGUCAUGUGGAAAGGACUCUCCAUUCCCCAAACAUCCAGGGAUCGAGCAGUGCUGCACACUUCAGGGUCAUGAGAAGAAACUUUGUUUGGCCUCACUACGGUACUCUGCAGAUGAGCUGCCCUCCCUACUGGAGCCCACAAAUGAAGAGAUCUGCACCGAGUACACUAAAAACGAGAAGGACUAUGCUGUCAGGUAUGUGUACGAGUUUGCCCGGCGGCACAGAAACAUCCCAGCAGGCUUUGUUCUUAAUGCUACUCAGAACCACGUGAGAAUGGCAGAGAGAUGUUGCCGCCCUGCUGUCAAAAACGCUUGUUUCCUUCGAGAGAGACUCCAGAUGCGAAGCUCCAAUAUUUUUCUGAGGUUUCUCUCCACUGCUUGCAACAGCCAAGUGAAUUUGAAAUCCUUCAAGUAUGGGUUGUCUGUGUAUUAUGGAAAUCUCCUAGGAUUGUCCUUUGAAGAAGCAUCAGCCUUGUCUGGUCGUUCCCAGUUGGGGCUUGAAAAAUGCUGUUUACAGCCCCAACCUGAAUGUAUAAUUGAAGAGAUAACAAGCUUUCAGAAAGUUCUCUGCGCUGAAUCCAAACUGGAUGCCAUGUCUGAGGAUUUCCGGAAGUGCUGCAGCAAACCUGCCCUGGAUACUCUUCCCUGCGUGGAUGACUUGAAAAGGCAACCCCGUCAGUCUCCAGAUGCAGCCAAUCCUGUUUCAUCUAAGCUCUGUGAGGAACCACAUGGGAUUGACAGAUACUUGUUUCUAAUCGGAGUGAACCAUCCCUCCAUUUCCCUUCCUGUGCUGACGACCGUUCUCGAUCGAAUCAAGAACACAGCAACGGCCUGCUGCUCAUCUGCUGAUAUCACAGCGUGCUUAACGGAGAAGGAGAGUAAAUUGAAAAAGACUACGGCACUUCUGUCCAAGCUGGAUGUCACUUGCUCGCAGUACUUCAGCGUGGACCUGCCUGCAUUUAAAACUCUGAUGCAGAAGGAGGUGCAGCGGGAGGAAGGUGAGAAGCGUACACAAGCUUGGGUUGAUUUGGCCACAUCCUGCUGUUCCCGGCACCCCCCGGCACAACUGUGUCAAAAGCUGACAGAGGAUGUUAUUAAAUAUAACGACGACACUGUUUAAAGACUCGCUCUUCAAAGAUUCUUUUGAGCGCUAGCAAAUAUAUUGGAUGAAGAGAUCUUCCAAAUUCUCUCUCUAAUAGGAAAUGUCAUCCCUCGCUAUCUGAGAUGUUUUAUUCCCUUUAAAUAAACUUUCCACUUGCUUCAAAGA